AUGCGCCAAGAAAACAAUGAUUUGGCGCCCCUAAUUCUUUGGAACCCUGCGAUUAGAAUGUCUAUGACUCUCCCUCAACCUUCUUGCAUUGAUGUACCCAUCUACAACUAUUACUGUGUUUACGGGUUUGGUUUUGACCAUAUAACUAAUGAUUACAAGGUACUGAGAAUGGUGUUUCAUGCGUACAAAUCUUUUUUGCUUCGGGCAGAGCUUUACAAACUCCGCACAGGUUCUUGGGAGACUGUUGGGGGUGUCGACAAUUUUCAGUAUGUUGCAUAUAGAGGUAGGCAGGCUUUAGUGAAUGGAGCAAGUCACUGGAUUGGGUGUCAUAAAAGUUAUAUGCCGAUUGAAUCUCGUGACUUUUCUGAAUUUGUGGUUGUGUUGUUUCAUAUGUGUCACGAAGAAUUCCGAGUGAUGAAGCUUCCAGAUCGUUUAAGUAAUUUUCGGUCUGAUGAUGCUAUUCUUAAGGUUUCUGAUGGAUUGCUUUCUUUAUUUAUAAAGCAUAGACAUGCUUCCUUGAGUUGCAACAUUUGGUUGAUGAAGGAAUAUGGCGUAGUAGAGUCUUGGAGUAAACAAUAUACUCUUGAUUUAGAGGGUUGGUGCUUUGAGCGGAUGUACUCUUUUAGGAACAACAAAAAGAUUUUGGGAACAGAGCGAGAAAAGCCAUUCUUAUAUGAUCCCGAGACAGACAUAUUCACCAGUCUUGGAAAUCUAAGAAUGAAAGACGAUGGAUUUUUUUUUACCACGAGUACUUUCGUUGAAAGUCUUGUUUUACUUAAUCAAGUAAAUGCUUUACAAACAUGUCAGACUUGUUUAAAGAAGGCCGGUGAUGCGACUCAAAGAAAAGAAAGGAAAAGAAUAGAAAAGGAAGACAUGCAAAAAGAUGGCUAA